UGUCUGUCUCUCAGGACAGCAAGCAGCUCUGGUGGACUCAGUGUGUGUGUGUCGGUCAGAGUGUGUGUGUGACGGCGCUGCGUGUGUGCGUCCUGCGAGGCUGGAAAGGAAACAACAUCCUGUGUGCCACCGAACAAUCUGAAAUACACACAAACUACACUCUCACCGACCCUGAGCCGCCGUCGGACACACCCCCGCCAUGUCACACAACCAUGUCACACAACGAUGACGACUGUGAGGAGGCGGAGCCUGAGAGACACGACGGCCAAUCAGCUGUCAGGAUGAAGAAGUCCAGAGUCAUCAGUUACCAGGGCACGGUGACGGAGGUGGUGAGUGAGGGGGCGGGGCUGUACGUGAUUGACAGGAAGGUGGGGCUGUGUCUGGCCUAUCAGCCGACUCCUCGGAGGAAACUAAGAGCCGGAGACUCUGUGCAGCUGCAUCACGUGCACUUCCUGUACCGGCCGUGCCCAGACUUUCCUCCCAGCAUGCUUUGCACCUGUCUGCGCUCCAGCCUCCGGGUCAGCGCCUUCAGCCGGGCGGCGAGCGACGCGCCGGACACCCGCUGCCCCACCGACGGAGCGUUACCGCGGUUACUGCUGGAGAAGAACAUGGGCGUGUCCCAGUACCUGUGGAUGUGUCACUUGAGCUCCCAGCUCGCUCGCAGUCUGGUUCCCAGUGUGUUGAAGCAGCAGUGUGUGUGUGUGUUGUCAUGGAAACUGAUGGAGUGUGUGUGGAGACAAGGACAAGGAGGAGGACGGAGAGACAUCUACUCAGAGAUGUUGGACGAACCACACACCUGUCCUCUGACAGAGUACUGCGUGGACCCAGCGGUGCCCCAGUACGUCAGUGUCUCAGAUGUCCAGACGUCUCUGGAGACCGAGUGUUGGUCCUCAGUGUCUCUCAGCUCCCUGCUGCCUCCUGAUGGAUGCAGUCUGUCCCGGUCUCAGGUCAACACCGCUCUGUCCUGGUCCUGCAGGACUCUGUCCUCUGUCCCCCAGGCCGGAGACAGCCUCAGGACUCUGUCCUCUGUCCCCCAGGCCGGUGACAGCCUCAGGACUCUGUCCUCUGUCCCCCAGGCCGGAGACAGCCUCAG